GAACAAAUCACUUUUGCAACGUUACAAAAUCUGUUACUCGCCUUGCAUUCUUUUCUUUACGCACAAUCGUUGACGUCCAUCUCAUUAUUCUCAUUGUCACCACUCUUGCUGAGAACGAUCUGUUGUUCAUCCAUGUCUGCGUCUGUCUCAAAGUUAAGCUUCGGUACCGUUGUCAUGAUCAUAUUUGUCCUCAUGGUCAUGAUCACCAUCCUCGGCAUACUCUUGCUUGUCAUCGUGUGUAUCCGUCGCCACAACGAUCGCUACGCCUGCCACUCGUUCUCGAGAUUUCCCCGGAGCAAGGAGAGUACGGACGACGAUUCAACUGUCUCUAUCACCCCUUCCCGUCCGACAGUCGUUGGUCUUGCCUCCACCAAGGGCUUUCCUAUUAUACAUAUGACUGUCACUCCACCUACCCCAGCGCAAGUUCUCACACGGUCAGACAAGCUUUAUUCUUGCAAGAAGGAUGAGGUGCACGAGUUGCCUUUCAACAGCCACAGCGAUGACAUAGUAGUGUAUGGCGAUGGACUGAAUGCCGCAAAUGAAAACAUUCUUAAAGAAAACCAUCACGAAGACGGGGAGGUAUGCAAAAAAUUGUUGGACUCCAUGGGUCACGAGGUUAUCAACCUUCGCCACUUGCCAUCACCGCCGCUAACCCACAGCGCCCGUAAAGGGCUGGACUCAUCCACUUUCGAAGCAAAAGCUUCCCCCGCUCGGAUCAAUCCCAACCGCCGCGCACCGCGCCAGAAGGGUGGCAACACGUACUUUCACUUAGCCACUUCUUGA